GAAAGAAAGAAAGAAAGAAAGAAAGAAAGAAAAAAAGAAAAAAGGAAGGAAGGGAAAUUACUGAGAAGAGCUACACAUCUUUCGAGGAUUUCCUUUCAACAUUUUUAAAGAGGAAUUGUCAUUUAUUCAACAUCUGUUGGACAUGGAAACACAUGUCAGAUAUCCCUGACCUCUGAUGAGACACUGUGCUCACAUUUAAGGACUUAAAGGGGCUUAAUUUAGGCGAAGUAAAGACUUUCUAAGAGAUUUUUCACCAAGAAAAAGUCUUGCUUUACUUAUGACUUCUUAAGACUUCAGCAACUUGAUCAGUCUAAACCUAUUUUCAGACCUAAUAAAACAGAAAGAGGAAGAGAAAGGCGAGAUGGCACAGAAAGAGCAGUUCCGUGUCAUGACCGGGGACCAUCUUGGGGCUAAAGUCAUUGCUGGGGCCCCUGCAGCAGGUGGAGGAGUGGUGGUGGAGGUCAGGGAGAAGAAGGGUCCUCUGCGUGCUGCGAUACCCACAAUGCCAUUCGCUUUGGCUGUCAUCUGUCUUUUUCUGAACACCUUCAUACCUGGACUCGGUACUUUUAUCUCAGCGUUCACAGUGCUGUGCGGCGCUCGCAGCGAGCUGAUCUCAGAGCGAGGUGUUUGUUGUGUGUUCUGGCUCAACGUGGCAGCGGCCAUCAUCCAGAUACUGACAGCUGUCAUCAUGGUCGGAUGGAUCAUGAGCAUCUUCUGGGGAAUGGACAUGGUCAUCCUGGCAAUUUCUGAUGGCUAUAGAGACCAGGGUCUUCCUCAGGAUGUCUGAGAGAAGUUGCCUAUGUGUUUGCUGAUGGAUCACAUGGACACUGGCUGCCAGUGGCAUUUGUCUCUGUGAUGACCUGUGGCUGUGUGUCUUUCAAAUGCCGGACCAAAGAGAAGAGCAGAGACGUUCACAUAAAUCAGCCACACAGGGAAAUAAAGAAGGAAAGAAUCAGCUGACUGCUUCUGGUUGCACGCUGCUGAUUGGUUGAGACCACAUUUACAUUUAAGUUUAAGGACAAGGAAAAAGAGACUAAAUCUGUACAGUCACAAGAAAAACUGUGUUGUUGAGUAAUUAUAAGAGUGAUCUUUUUUUAUUUGAUCUUUUUGAUAAACACCAUGACUCUGUUCAAAACCAGACUAAAUGUUUCUUACAUGCCAGGGUGGAGAAAAGGGAAAAGAAAGGAAGAUAUGUUGGCAUGACUGUGUUAGAAAAAUGAAGAUAUUUACUUAUGAACUUUACUUCUGUAUUUUUGCAUACAUAACAGGUUUUUCC